AUGUCGUAUGUGGGCAUGGGCGGUGAUUACAUCGCCACGACCACUUACCAGUACGUUGGCCAGGGUGCUGGCACCUUCACCGUGGUGCCGAUCCCCGCGGCCGGGUGCAGUCCAUGGUGGCUGUGUUGCUUCCUGCCGCUGCUCUUGACCCCCCUCCUCUUCUUCGCGGGGACCACCACCACCACGACCACGACCACAACGACCCCUGCCAUCAUCACCCUGCCGCCUCCGGACGUCGUGCCUACGCCGCCGCCGAAGCAGUGCUGCAUCGACAUGUGCAACUGUGCCCGCGAUGGGACGCAGUGA